UCAGUUCAGUUGUCAAAUCCAUGAAACAUUAUGGUCACAUCAUUCGAUCGAAUACUAGGAAUUCUGAGAAUAAAUAGUAAUUACAUGAAAAAAUUAGAUAUUUGUGAUAUGAAUGUGCGCUAAUGAGUGGAGUUUAGAAAGUUUACACUAGGUUUAGUUAUAGAAAGGUGUUAUGGGACGCAACAGUCAUGAAAUUCGUUUGUGUACUUAUUAUUUUGUGCUUCUGUUUAUGUGAAAGCAAGUCGACGAUCAGUGAUAAAACAGAUUCUAUCCCAACGUUGAAAGUGAAUUCUACAUCAGAACAGAAAAUAUGGAAUAUAACGCUUGACAUACACUUCUUUAAGACGCCGCCACCGGUGAUUAGACGACCCGCAGGUACUGAUGUUCGUUUUAAGUGCGAAGCUUACAUGAAAUACACUAAAGUCGAGAAAUAUACAAAAAACAAAGGAGGAAGCGAAACAUCCUUGUCGGAACUACCGCCUGAACAUAUACAACAGACUCUCUUGAAAAACGUUAAAGUAUAUUGGUUAAAAAAUGAUAGAAAUAUAGAGGAAACCACUAAAACAAAAAUAACUACGAAAAUCGAUAAGAAAAACGGAACUAUAGGCACAAAUCUUAGGUUAAAAGAUAUAGAUGUUGAGGAUGAAGGCAAUUACACCUGUGUAAUAAAGAAAACAUUUGAGAGGAAACAAACUUCCCAGUUAAAGGUUGAAGAUGCUAUGGAGAUACCAACUUAUCCAUCUGUUUUCCCAAAUGCAGACUUUGUAAAUGAACUAGUUGUCAAUUUGAAAACAACACCUGAAUUAAUUUCUGAGAAUAUAAAAGCGCAAAACAUUACAACUGCACAAAAUUCUUCUCUUCCUCAAAAACUUGAGCCAAUUUGUCAGGAAUAUACAGGGGAGGUUUGUGCAGCACAUCUUAAAGGUCAAAUAGUUUACAUUCCUUAUGAUACAACGCAACACAUACUUGAAGAUAAACUCAAAACAGCAAUACAGGUGACAAAAUUCUCAAAUGAGAUUAGUACCCACUGUGAGAGGUAUGCUCGCCCCAGCCUGUGUUAUUCAACUUUUCCAAUUUGCAGGGAUCCUUACACUACAAAUGUUAACUUUUUCAAGGAUGCCAAAAACAUGUUUUUGUUUCUUCCCGAUGCAAAUAAUAAAACAGAGGAUGUGCCUCCAGUAGUCUUUGAGAAUUUACCUUAUGGUACAUUGCCAAAUGUGUAUGUUAAAAGUAGUAAUGUUACAAAUGAGAUGUUUAAUUAUCGUUACAAUGCCACAAUCCUUAGACGUGUUUGUAAACAAGAUUGUGAGAUCUUAGAGAAUGAAUUGUGUCAGAAGGAAUAUGCUAUAGCCAAGAGACACCCUCACAUUGGACAACAGUUGACUCUAGAAGAAUGCCAAGACCUGCCUGAAAAUGAUCCAGGCUGUCUUAAAAUAGAUAUUGGAGCUUUAUUGCUUUCAGAUGAUGAAUGCUUUUGGGAAAAUGGCAUUGGAUAUUUGGGUAAAGUGAAUGUAACCAGCAGUGGCAUCCCGUGCAUUGAGUGGUCAAAGCAAUUGCAUGUAAGAAUGUCAGAAUACCCUGAGCUUGCUGGCAAGCAUAGCUACUGUAGAAACCCCGGAGGAAUAAAAGAACAGCCUUGGUGUGUUGUGGAGAAAGAGGGUAAGACUGAGAAGCAGUUGUGUGACAUACCAAAAUGUGCACAUAAAAUAUGGAUAUAUAUUGUUGUUAUUUUGGUCCUCCUCAUUGCAACAAUUGCCUGUUUUAUUAUUUGUCUUGUUUAUCGACAUAGGAAUAAGAAUAAUGCUGCUGCCAUUAGGGACAUUAACUUACCUAAUGCUGAUAAAAAUAUCUAUGGAAAUUCUAGACUAAAUUCACCUAUAGAGAUGACAGAUUUACUUACAAAUAAUAUCAGCAAUCAGCCACAUCUUACUAGAACCACCCGUGGUAAUGCAGUGCUGAGAAUACCCCAAUAUUCUUUAUCACAAAUAAAAUUUUUAGAGGAAUUGGGUGAAGGUGCAUUUGGGAAGGUUUACAAAGGAGCACUGAAAAAUAAUGGAGAAACACAAUUUGUUGCAGUCAAAGCUUUGAAAGAAAAUGCUUCUGCUAAAACUCAAGCUGAUUUUAGGAGAGAAAUUGAUUUGAUUUCAGAACUAAAUCAUGAGAAUAUUGUGUGCAUAGUUGGUGUAGCCCUUAGAGAAGAACCAUUAUGUAUGUUGUUUGAGUUCAUGGCUAGAGGUGAUUUGCAUGAGUUUUUAAUGGGGAGAGCACCACCAUCUGGAAAAGGGUUACCUCCCAUGAGGCUGUUAAACAUUGCACACAAUAUUGCAUCUGGCAUGCAAUAUUUGGCCUCCCAUCAUUAUGUCCACAGGGAUUUGGCAGCCAGAAAUUGUUUGGUGUCUGAUGAUUUUAUUGUUAAGAUAUCUGAUUUUGGCUUGUCUAGAGAUAUUUAUAGUUCAGAUUAUUACAGAGUUCAAUCUAAAAGCUUACUCCCAGUAAGAUGGAUGCCACCCGAGUCUAUUCUCUAUGGAAAAUUCACUACUGAGAGUGAUAUUUGGUCAUAUGGUGUUGUUCUUUGGGAAAUUUAUAGUUAUGGAUUGCAGCCUUAUUAUGGAUAUAGUAAUCAAGAAGUGAUAUCGAUGGUGCGCGGGGGCGAGCUGCUGGCCGCGCCGGCCGCGUGUCCGCCGCCGAUGUACGCGCUCAUGCGGGACUGCUGGAAGCACACGCCACAUCGCAGACCCAACUUUGAAGAAAUUGUCAACAGAAUACAAGAAUGGAUACAAAUGAAUGGAUGCCCUGACGCGGCGCCCUCAGAUUCCAGUACGAGCAAUUGCAGCCACAGACCUACGGGUUCCAGUCGAGAUUUGCAGGAACGAGUACCUUUAUUGCCAGCUCAUUGCUCAUCGUCCAAUGGCUCUCUAGCCACCGGUAGCUUAAAGAAAUUCAGCACUGUUGGAUCCAGUUCAAAAGCAACCGAUGACAAUUGCUCCACAUGUAGUGAAAUGCCCCCUUUAGCUCCUAAGUCAAAAAAACAUGGUUCUGGAUCACUUAUAGAUAAUGACAAAAAUGCUAUGGGAACAAAAGAAUUUGUUGUUAGGAUACCCAACACACAACACGGCAAUGAAAUAUAAAUUAUAGAUAGCUCAAUGAUCAAGAAGUCCAGUAUGAUUUUUUACUUCAGGGCAAAUGCAAUAGAGUAUGCCUAUGUAAGAGUCAUUGUAUUUCGACGAAAGAUAAAUUCGAUUGUUUGAGGUUGUGUUUUAACAAUUACGUAAAUUGAUUGCAUGAAACAUCGCCUAUAAAUUGGUUUUGUUGUAGGUCAGUUAUGAAUACUUCGUAGUGAUGUAUUUGUUUUGACUUAUUUAAUGUAGAAUUAAAAGUAUUAUUUAUGUUUCAAAAUCGAAAUAUAGGAUAGGUUACUUUGAUUUGAUUGUAAUAAUGAGUCUAGUUGUAAGAAUGAUUUUUGUCGUAAACUAAUUUAAGAACUUAGGUGUAACGGUGUUAUUGCCAACGGGCAUUUUAUUGGUAGCUAUUAGCCAAUACUGCACAAGACAACACUGCCAGUUGAUUUUUCGUUGACUAACCGCCAAUUCCAAUAAACGAUCUUAAUUUUUUUUCUACCGAUCCCGAAAAUGGACCAAUCAGAAUCCUUUUUUCGCAUGCAAAUUACUUAAUUUGAUUGGUUUAUUUUCGUAAUCGAAUCAAAACGAAAAUUUGAAUCGUUUGCUCAAAUCGGCCGAUAAAUACAAUCUUGUAAACAUAUUGUAUAAAUAGCGUGAUAAAUUAUGAAAGUUUUUGGAAAUUAUUAUUUGUUAAAAGGUUGUCAUGUACCAAAAGAUGAUUCAAGUACAAUUUUUGUACAUAUAAAUUGCACCUGUAGAUACUAAAAUGAUCGAGACUGCAUUCAAGAUAUUACUAACGUGUUUUGUUUGCUCUCAUUUAAUUAUUACGUAUUUAUGUUCUUAUGUUUAUUUUUCGAUUGGAAAACAAAUCGGGUUAUUAUGUUGGUAUAAUGUUUCUAGGUUGCUACUAAAAUUCUCUGAGACUGAUUUUAUGUAUUUUUUUAAAUUAUACAGUUAUUAAAUUUGGUACAUAUCUUUUUCAUAUAAAUAAAUAAAUACAAUGUUACUAUAGUCUCCGCGUAAGUGACCCACGCGUAGUGUCCCCGCCCCCCCUCUCUCCCGCUCACGAACCGCGGGAAAGACUAGCAAGCGGUUGCGCUUUUUAUAUCAGCCUAGUUGUAGAAAGGCGAACAAGUGUAUUACCAACAUUACAAAUAAUUGUUAUCUGGGAUUGCUUAAAUCCUACCCUCCUAAAUAAAACAACGCACCUACAUAUGGUAAUAUACAGUCUAUGUAGAUGUACUUAUACAUAGUUACGUUACCUUGAAAUGAUAAGAAAUAUGGGAAACAAAGUCAGAAAAAUGUUUACGUUCCUAGAACAACAUUGGUCAAUAUAUUAGUAUUUGUGUUUGAAGAAAUCUUGCCUACUACCAUUUGCCAUAACGAUCGUUGGGUUCAGAUAUUACUUUUGUGUAUUACUAUUAUAAAAAUAAUGACAUAUGUUUGUAAUUAGCGUUUGCUAUAGAAUAUUUAUAUGCUUUAUAAGUUUACUAUUGCUUUAAGUAAAAGUACAUAUUGAUGCUAUGAUUUAUUAUUUAAUUUAAUCUUUAUAAAGUUUAGUGACUAGAAUUUCCGUACCUUGCCAAAGACUUUUUUGUAUGUGAUACAGCUAGUUUUGUAAUAACAUGUAAAUUGCAUUUCUAAAAUAAACAAUUUUGAUUUUUUUUAA